AUGUCAACGACGACCUCUGACCCCGAGGCGGUCUCUUUCGACCGUUCGUCGCACUCGCACCGCCGAUUCAACCCUCUGACGCGUACAUGGGUGCUUUGUUCGCGUAAGUGGCUUGAAGCUUCUACCCGACCACCCCCGGCCGGAUGUUGGCGUUGGCUACGAAUAACUUGA